AUGGCGGCAAAUAACACAACAGUCAGCUAUGAUUUUACCUAUGCCGGUAAUUCGUUGUACUUCUGCAAAAAACCACCAUACCUCACCUGGGAUUUGACCGAUACAACGCUACCAUGGAUUUUAGAUGUCAUAAUAUUCACUGCUGCCCCUGUCACCACUCUCCUAAACAUUUUGGUAAUCGUCGCUCUGAGGAAAAACAGAGAACUGCAAAAAUUCUCCAACAUUUUGCUAUGCAGUAUGGCCGUCACUGAUCUCAUAACAGGAGCUGUAACAAUGCCAAUGUCAGCCAUCGUCGAUGUUCUAAUGCUUACUCGGGUUUCAGUAGAGCAUGUGUGCACGUUCGAUUCCUUGGUAAACAAAACCUUCUUAUUCACAAUGUCCAUCUCAUCUUUGUAUCACUUAACUGCAAUUGCUUGGGAGAGAUACAUGGCCAUAAAAUGUUGGAAGGACUACAGGAACAAAGUAACCAAACUUCUUCUUCAAAAGCUCGGAGCCACUGCUUGGCUGUUGGCAAUCCUCAAACAGGUUCCAACCGUUGCGAUGAUCAUCGCUGGUGUAGACCGAAUAGUUCUCGAUCGAUGGCUUGCACUUGAAAAAAUUCUGGUCAUGAUUUGUUUGUUUGCCAUUGCAUAUUUUUACAUCAUGGUGUUCCUCGGAGUACGGAAGCAAAAGCAGAACCAAACUAGCCAGGUUAUUACCAUGAUGAAAGCAAAACUCGAAUCUAAAGUUGCCAAAACAACUGGUUUAUUAACAGCUGGACUUAUGGUUUCGUUUGUUCCUUCGAUCGUCAUUGCCACGUUGGGUAACUUUUUACCCGCAUUUAGCAUGAACUCCGCUUUCCGAUUAUCAGAGGUAUUUGUGCAGUUGAACUCUAUCUUAACUCCUGUCUUGUACUUCUACAGAGAUCGUCGUUUUCGAAACACCGUUAAAGAGUUGUUGGGAAUGAAAACAUCAACGAAUAUUCGACAAUCCGUUGACGCGACUCAAUCCUCUAAGAAAAACGAGUUCAGCAAUAAUGCAUCAAUACAGCUAUCAGCACGCAAUGGGGAAAAAACCCGCUCCAUAUUGACAACAUCUGCUUCCCCUGAAACCGCCGGAAAAGUUGACCAGGGACUUAAAGCGACUCUUGGAAGAUCCAUCUCCGAUCCAACGCUUUACAAGUGUUCCCGUGAUUCAUUCGUUCCAUGUGGUUCUCCGCCGUACGAACCCUCAUCCCACCUCACGACCAUUGCCGCAGAUCGAAAUGAAAGUUCCAAGCAGGCCAAAUGGGGAAAUAGCAAAGGAAAGAUUCACCCUCUAGCUACACGUGCAAAAGAUACAAUUUCGCCGAGAAGGUCUGCAAAUCUGACUAACAUAAAGCCAAGGUCGAAAUCAUUUUUCCCAGGUACAGCGUAACCAAUUACUGGGUGUAACAUACAGUUUUAAGGGGGGUGGUAAAAAAUACAAAUAUCUGCAAAACCAUUUGAGUUUUCUGGAUAGUUAAGCAUUUAAUGGAAAAGGUAUUGCAAGUUUUACGGUCCGUUUAAUCUACAUCAUAGUUGGGGACGUGAUUCGAAUAAUCAAAAGACAUAUAUUCCAAAGUUGAAAAUUGGAUCAUCAGCCAGUUACACUUGAUUUUUACUUAUUUUCUCUCAAAUUAUUUAAUUAAUAUUUAAUCGAAAAAUGUUUAAAAUAUAGAUGCAUCGUAUUUUUUUUUUCUGUAAGUACCUUAGGCUUUUAAAAAAGGCCAUUUCAAAAGAAAACAUUUGUUGUCGAAAAACUUUCGAGUUUCUAUCACGGAAAAGCCUCUUAAAGGCUUAAAAUUGACAAACCAGUUCAGUCGAAUGCAUUCCCAAUUUUUUCUCCAGCUGGGAAAUAAGUUGAACGAAAUCGUAGCUGAAAAGGUGACUAAAAUUUGAGUCUUUCCAUUUCCUGCAAUUACCGCCGGGGAAAAAAUUAACUUUGAAAGCAUGAGGAGAUAGUUUGUUUUUGUUUGUACGUUUGUGGAUAAGGGCAUUUCAUUUCCCCUCUUAAAUACAUUGAAUCAGAAAAACAAUGCAAUGCAUUAAGGACAUCUAAAACCAAUAAAACAUUACAUAAAUAAUAAAUGAUAACAUUUACCUGCAUAAAAAAGUUUCUUUAAAAAUCUGGAAUGACUCGAUCUGUGAUGGAAAUGUAUGCUCGGAAUAUAAUCAAGGAAACAUGUAAUCUUGUCUUGCCAUCCAAAACUGAGUGAGUGAGACAUAUGCACUAAGACAAAAGUUAGUCCAGCUAUGAAAAAAAAAACAACAAUAACGACCACUCCGACAACAAUAUGAAAAAAAAAAAAUAGCUAUUCCAAGUAAAUGCAAAACCAUACAAAAUUUGAAAAUAAGCUAUUAAUCUUUAUUUUAUUAAAGUUAAUUUUCGCUCGAUAAAAUUCAUCUUUCUUGGUGGCUUAGUUAGUAUCUUUUUCUUAAAGAGUUACGUUACAAACUGUGAAGGAUAAAAAAACUUGGAUAAUGACAGUGUUCUACGGAUGAUUCAAUUAAUUACCAUCUGGGCGAUUUCUCUAGAAAAUCUUAUUUCUAACUUGUCAAAGGCAAAGUGGAGUAGAUACAAGUUUAUUUAAAACAUGUUAAUAUUUGCAUCAACUAAAUGACUUAAUUCCUCUCAAGUACAACUUCCUGCAUAUUGGCUAGAAAAAACAUCGCUUUAUUUGAAGGAAAAUACUUGUGACCGAUUACACUAUGAACAGGUGGAACAAUUAGAAAUAAAAAGCUUACAAAGUUUAAGGGGUUAUACUUAUUGUUAGGAAAACUACUUACAAAAUAGUUUAAUGGUCAGAAGAAAAUUGACAAACUUAUACUUUAUUUUGUUUUGAGCUUAUCCUACUUUUGCCAGCUCAAAACUUAACUUAAUGAUCGCUUCGUUUUUUAAACAAUAGCUUUUUAGGCAUGAGAGAAAAUUGACAAACUGGGUGGCACCGUCGUCGCAUGUCAUUUUGUAUGGCUCACGUGCGAAACCAAGGCAAACAUCACCCCAAACUGGAGGAAUAACUCAAAAAUUAAAGAGCGACGCGGUUUUUACUAAGUUAAGGGGUUAAGAGAUAAAAAAAAAUUUUGUUCUUGAGUCGUUGGAAAGGGGUUGGGAUCGAGAGCAUUUCGUGUAGGUUUGGCUACAAUUCGGUCUAAAUAUUACCACCUAUCUAAUCUUGCCCUUCCUUCUUACCCUUCUCCGUCAACUCUAACUCCAAAUUUAAUAUGGCCGGUUGAAUAAACUAGCACGGGCUUCAUAACGUUAACUCGCUCUAAGAUGACGCCGCACUGUUAGCUAGGGUCCACGGGUAUAGUUGUCUACUUAUGGUUGCAAAAUGGUGGUUUAAAUGGAUGAAGGUCGUUAUACAAAAUGAUGCAAAAAAUUUGCAGAACACACCAUAUUUACAUUUCAUCUCCCUGUGAUUUACAUGACAAGGGUGACUCGCACGCGUAUAUUCUCUCUGGAAACCUGUCAAAAACUACAUCUGUUUCGCACAGCUAUGAUGUAAUAUGCGUUUUGAACAUUUUCUACCUUCAUUGUGAUGAAAGAGAGAAUAAAAAACCAUGAAAGCUAGCUCGCGUUCAGAAUUCGGCGAUUUCGGAACACGACAUUGAAACACGACACGGACACGUUCCUGUUAAGGACCAGGUUCGGUUUAUUAAUCAUGAUUUUCACUGCCACACAGAAAGGAUUAAAGAAGCCUGUCACAUAAGGCUUUAUCCGUACAACGAGAGUAGGGAUAACAGAAUUGAAAUCCCUGAAACAUGGAUGCAAAAUAUUGAAAACUAUAACAACCGAUCAGAAACAAAGCCCAACUAUAUAUACGGGAGAAACAUCUAAUAGACAGAAUUAUAAUGAGGAUCGAAAUGCACCAACGAAAGCGCGAUGGGACACACCAAUACUAAAAUAUCAAGGUAAGGAGUUAUGGCUAGCAAAAUGUAAACUACCAACCUCGUUGCCUGACAAGACUAGCAGUGUCUCAGUCUUAACGUCGCGAUCAAUACAAGAAUGAUUAGCCUGACUCUUACCCAAUGAGACAAACGAUUAAAUGUUCAUUUAUCACGAAAACCCUUCUGCCCAAAUUUGAAACAGAACCUUCGCAUCUGGCCGCGAUCUUGAGAGGAAUCUUGCGAGAGGACCGCACCAUUCCCGUAAAGUCUCUGUCAGAGGCCGGCCAUAGUUGGUAAAAAUAGAUUUCAUAUACGUAAAGUCUUUCUAGGAAAUGAAAGUAAGUCUUGCUUUUACUGCAUUUAUCCCUACACGAAUAAAAAGACCUCCAAUGCAACAUGCUCUGUUCUGCACGAAAGAAGGGAAAAGGGUUUCUCACUUCUUCUCAUUCCCUUUCGUUUGUCGGAGGCUGGAUAAAUUUUUAAUUAAAUUACAAUAGCGACACUUCUUGUCACGAACCUAUCUUCGCGCGUUGACAAAAACUGAGGCAACGCAGAUAAAUAAGUCGGUAACUAAGUUUAAUGAAUUAACCAGUCUCAAAAAUUGGACCCGUGCCUCCUUGAUAUUGGUUGGUUGCCACUAUUGCUGACCUACCAGGCCUCAUAUUGGCAGCAGAGCAAACAUUUCUGUUUUUCAAAAUGGCCUCUGCAAAGUACAUUUUAACUGCAGACAUACAGCUCGUCUUCUUCUCGAGUCUACGCCAUACUGAAGACUAAUCAAGGCCAUUACUUCCACAACGCAAAAGCAGAAAUUAAAAAUGCACUUAAAAGUGUUAACAUCUUUGGUAAAGAACGCGGGUUAAACUUCAUCAAAAAUUUACCAGGAGCUUACAAGAGAACACUCUUAAGUUCAUUAACAUGGGAAAUGAUCGUAGAUGUGUACUUCAGUCCGUUAAAGGGACAAUCACCCUAUUUUUAAUGAUAAAAACCCUAAAGGUUUCAUUAAAAUACCCAUUCAUGCUGUUUAUCUCAGCGAACUGCUCCAAAAAGCUAAUUAACACAUUUACCAACAAUUCUGAAAGUGGUUUACAAUAAUCAUCAUAAUGAUAUGACCUGUAUAGCUAUGUUGAGACCUUUUCACCCAGUUUAUGGGAGAAAAACUAAUAUGUAAUCAUUCCAGGACUAAAUUGGUCGGUCUUGAAUAUUCUCCCCAAUACUUUCAUCCACGACACAAAACUGAUCUAGGUGAGGGCGCGAACCUGCUUUACUUCAGGGGCGAACUCUAAAAGAUGGUGGAAGGCGAACUUCACAUGAGUUGGAAACCUCCAUAAGCCAACGAAAAUGAACAAGAUUAAUUUUUGGAGCUGUUUCGAUAAAACUUUUCUGACAAACACAGAGCACUUUGCAAUAUACAACAGCAACAAUCUCGAGAAGGUUACAAAAGCAUAAUUGAAAUGCAACGCAAGUAGUGUAACUCUUUCGCAAAAGGAUAUUUGACAUCAAAGUCGUGCCACAUUGUAAAGAUCCAAUCUCUUUCUUAAGGAUUCUCCGCAGAUCUAAGAUUGUGGCCUGCUUCCUAUGUGAUUUGAACAUGAAAAAACAGAAUGUCAUCGAUGGUCGACAUUUUGACCCUUUACACCCUAACAUCAGUAUGCAUAUUCUCCACACUGUUCUUCAUACAUUUCUUAAAGUGCUGACAAGGAGGAUUUGUUUGCCAAUCAAAAGGUUCCUUCCCUGGUAACCAUUUCCUUUAUUCUCAUAAGCUUCAUGUGUGAUUCAAGGCUGACAUGGUGAGGAGAAAUUAGAUGCUAGUCACUCUUAGAAUUUGAAGGGUAAAGCGCUAACCUUUCGUAAGUUCUAAACCUAACUAACUCGCUCUGAAGAAGAGCGAACCCUCGAAACGUCAUGUUUGGAAACUCUUUAAGGCAGCCAAUUCACAUUUAUUUAUUAACUCAGUUGAAAAAAACAAAUUAUCAUUACCCUUAGUCAGGUUUGAUUUUUGCUUUUGUCUUACAUGCAUAUUAAAAAGAGCCACGCAAACACACCUCAGGGUACUAAGCCUUUAACGAUACAAAGGAACGCUUUUGUAACACUGAAAUCUAAAUAAUCAUAGUGGCAAAUGAGCUCAAAGGAAAAUAUUACAUGCGACCAAUUCGAAAACAGGGAAAAAAACCUUUAAAUCGCCUUCAGGACAGGAAGACGUCAGUGUCCAAGUAACAGCUGUUUAAGUUCUGUACCUGAUUAUUUAAUAGUGGAGUGAGUUUGCCGGACCAAUCACAAAGGUAAUAUGGCAAAACCAGUGCAAAGGUGGAUUACUAUUUAGGCUGAAUUGAAUUUACUUUAGUAGGUAGAUUGACAUUCUUUAGAAAUCGCCCUCUUAAGCGGCAGUCUAGAGAGAAAAUCUUAUUAAUAUGUACAUUUUCUACAAGCUUUAGCGACAGCGUCAAAUUAUAUCUUUGAAAUAGUAUUUCCUGAAAAGUACAGGACACUGAGAUCUAGAUUAAGAAAUGGCCACCAUGAUUUUUUCGCGCUUAAAUCAUCUAGUAGGGUGAAAUAAGACAUAGAGAGAUUGGUUGCAAAUAUACUGGUAAGUAAUCUACUUUCUAUCGUUAAAUUCACUAACAACAAAAUUUCCAAUUUUAAAAUCCCCUUCGCCGAAAAUAAUACGGAGAGUUGCUUCAUACGAAAUGAAUAAAUUGGAAGCUUAGCCCGAUAAAUGUGUGUUUACAGGUUUAAUUCAAUGUUCUCAAAAGACACAUUUUAAAGCAAGAUCGAGAAAAUUAAACAGUUGCACCUUAAUUUCUUAUACCUUUUUUCAAACAAUGCUGAUGGCUUUGAAAUUAAAUCUAAAACCAUUUCUGUCUCAGAUGCGCUUUAAUCCACGCCUUUGGCUUUGCAAACAGUUCAUCUUUCUGGGUAAAAAAAGGAAAAAGAAAAAAGGAAGAAGAUAAGCUAACGUCUCAUUAACUUGAAAAUAGAAGUUGAUGCUUUUCGAUAAUAUAGUUAUAUUCACGCAUUCUGUCAUGUACCUUUAUAGAUAACUGUUGAGUUACGAAAAGAAAAAAGCGUCGAGUCAAAGCAAGGCAAAGCCAUCGUGAAGGAAACAGAAGCGGGAAGGAAAGGACUGCCUCGGUGGAGGUAAUUUUUCAAAAACUUAGACAAACAAAACAAAAAAGUCCAGGAACUAAAUACUCACUUAGACAAAAUUAGGCCACGAAAUGGCGGAAAAUAAAACAACAGUCAGCUAUGAUUUCACCUCUGCCAGUAUUUCAUUGUACUUCUGCCAAAAACCUCCAUACCUCACCUGGGAUUUGACCAAUACAACGUUACCAUGGAUUUUAGUUGUCGUAAUAUUCACUGCUGCCCCUGUCACCACUCUCCUAAACAUUUUGGUAGUCGUCGCUUUGAACAAAAGCAGAGAACUGCAAAAGCCCUCCAACAUUUUGCUAUGCAGCAUGGCCGUCACUGAUCUCAUAACAGGAGCUAUAACAAUGCCGAUGUCAGCCAUCUUCGAUGUUCUAAUGCUUACCCGGGUUUCAGUAGAGCAUGUGUGCACGUUCGAUUCCUUGGUAAACAAACUCUUGCUAUUCACAAUGUCCAACAUAUCUUUGUAUCACUUAACUGCAAUUGCUUGGGAGAGAUACAUGGCCAUAAAAUGUUGGAAGGACUACAGGAACAAAGUAACCAAACGUCUCCUUCAAAAUCUCGGAGCCAUUGCUUGGCUGUUGCCAAUCCUCAAAAUGGUUCCAACCGUUGCGAUGAUCAUCGUUGGUGUAGACCGAACAGUUCUCGGUCGGUGGCUUGCACUUGGAAUCAUUCUGGUUAUGGUUAGUUUAUUCGCCACUGUAUAUUUUUACAUCAUGGUGUUCCUCGGACUGCGGAAGCGAAAGCAAAACCAAACUAGCCAGGUUACCAUCAUGAUGAAAGCAAAACUCGAAUCCAAAGUUGCCAAGACAACUGGUUUAUUAACAGCUGGACUUCUGAUUUCGUUUGUUCCCUCGAUCGUCAUUACCACGUCGCGUAACUUUUUACCCGCAUUUAGCAUGAACUCCGCUUUCCGAUUAUCAGAGGUAUUUGUGCAGCUGAACUCUGUAUUAACUCCUGUCUUGUACUUCUACCGAGAUCGUCGUUUUCGAAACGCCGUUAAAGAGUUGUUGGGAAUGAAAACAACAAAGAAUAUUCAACAAUCCGUUGAAGCGACUCAAUCCUCUAAGAAAAACGAAUUAAACGAUAAGGCAUCAAUACAGCUAUCAGCACACAACGGGAAAACAACCAGCUCGAUAUUGACAACAUCCGCUUCUCCUGACACCGCCGGAAAAGUUGACCAGGGACUUAAAGCGACUCUUGGAAGAUCCAUCUCCGAUCCAACGCUUUACAAGUGUUCUCGUGAUUCAUUCGUUCCAUGUGGUUCUCCGCCGUACGAACCCUCAUCCCACCUCACGACCAUUGCCGCAGAUCGAAAUGAAAGUUCCAAGAAGCGCAAAUGGGGAAAUAGCAAAGAAAAGGUUCACCCUCUGGCAACACAUGCAAAAAAUGUAAUUUCAGCGAGAAGGUCAGUAGAUCUGACUAGCAUAAAAUCAAGGUCAGAAUUCUGCGACAACAAGGCCAACGUGAAUAUUUUUCACAGUUUCCGAAGGAGCAAGAAAACAAACAAAACGAACAGUGACGCAUCAUAUUCGCAGAUACAGCGUUACCCAUCACUGGAUGUAACAUACAGUUCUAAGGGAGGGUUUGUGAAAAAAAAAACCAAUAUUUACAAAACAAAGUAA